AUGUCAACUCCCUCCUUAGCACCGCUUGCAAAGAACGAUCAGCUUCGCGAUCUUUUUCUGCGUGGCGAGCAUGACGCAGUUGUCACCCGCUGCGACCUUCUGCUCAAUCGGAAGAAACUGGACCAAAAGGCUUCCCGAACGCUUCUGCAGUCCAUCCGAUUUGCCUCCCUUCUACACUCAGGUCGAAUUCCGGAAGCUUCUACUGCCGCCACGGCCAUUCCCUACUCUCCCUCUUUGGUUUUCGCACGACACUAUCUUGCCUGGGCAAGCGCAGACCUCGAAGCUGCCUCCUCAUCGGUCCAAAUCGUGCACAACCUCCCCGGGUCUGAUGCACGCAAAUUAGAGGCACAGCUCUUAUAUAGAUCGGGUUCGUACGCAGAAUCAGCCUCAAUUUUUUCCGCCUUACUCGCGGUCACCAGAAAUGAUCUUGAGGAUGCUAGACGUCCCGCCUCCACGUCACGGUGGCGAUUACCGGGCCUUGCUACCGCUCCUGAAAAGAUCCCUCUCACGAGAGCAGAACUCGACUUGUUGAGGGACGCUGUCAAUGAGCUUGCAACAAAUGCCACUGCUGCGUUUGUACUUGCUGGCAAGCCGGAUGAUGCUCUCGCUAUUGUAAGACAAGUAGGGACAUGGUCUAAGGAAACGAGGAAAGCGACGGAGAAUGAGGGGGGACUCUUGUGUGGUCACUAUGAUGGGGAUCGGAAAGCGAAAGCUAUUGUUUUGGCCCAGACUGAAGAAGAAGUCGAAGAAGACGAGGAAGACGAGGAGGACGCCGGUGAAACCGAAGAGAUCAUGGCUCCUAUCAGAGUGCAAAUGGCGUAUCUCACCCAUUUGAAAGGCGGUGUGCAGGAAGCUGAGAAGCUCUAUGCCGAUGCCAUGAGGGAUCGGAACGCUGAUCCAGCUUCGUUGGCUGUUGCGGCAAACAAUCUCACUGUUGCCUUGGGGCAGUUGGCCUUCGGAAAGCGCAAUGAUUCUGCGGAGAUAAGCGGAACUACAGCGAAUGGGCCGUCUCUUCCUAAAGAACAGCAUGAAGCUCUGGUAGAGGGACUAAAGAAGAUGAGAGCAACUUCUGGUCGCACCGUUGAGAGAAAACUCGCCCUGAAUCAGAGACGCGCAAUGGCUGCUAACCGUGCGGUUUUGCUUGUGCAAAUGGGCAGGUACGACGCCUGCCGGGCCGAGUUGGCAAAGCUCAAAACAGAAUUUCCGAAGGAAGCACUUGUACCGCUCAUUGAAGCCAGUCUGGUAGCCAAGCAGGGAAAUCUUCGUACUGCUGACAGUAUUCUCACUGGUAACGUUGAUGACAGUGAGGUUGUCCGCGCCGCUCGUGUGCAAUUGCUCGCCGCGAGUGGCGAUCUGAAAGGAGCUGCCACUCUUCUGCAAGAUUUGUUCCGUGGUAGGUCUGCAGCUCUGGUUACAGCAGCCGGUCUGUUUGAACAAAGCGGAGAUAUUGAAUCUGCAACAUCGUUGUUGAGCGAACUUGUGAAAAAGUCUUCGGGUGCCGACGCGCUGUCGGCAAAGACAGCACUAUCAAGCGUACUCCUCCGAAAUGCAAAAUACGAAGAGGCCGCAGGUGUGCUUCGAGAGGUGUGCAAUGCGAAUCCCUCAGAUUCAGUAGCACAGGCACAGCUGGUGGUAGCCACUUCGUACUUCGACGCAACUGAAGCUGAAAGGGCCGCAUUGCUGCUCCCAUCGUCAAUGUCGACACAGAAUGACAUCGAUGCAAAGAAACUUGAGGCUUUGCCACCUCCUAAGCGCAGAGACAUUGCCGCACGCCAAAACACCACAUCUACCACCACAACCAAAGCGGAUGAAGACGACAUUGCGGCGAAGAACAUCGCGGUUCGAGAGCGCAAGAAGAAAAAGAGGAAGAAGCGGCUUCCCAAGAACUAUGACCCAGAGGGACCCCCUCCAGACCCCGAACGGUGGUUGCCUAAGACGCUGCGCUCUGGAUACAAGAGGAAGAAGGCAAAGGAUCAGAACAACUUUAGGGGAUCACAGGGAGCAGAUGCGGCAGCUGCCGACGCGGCGGCUAUGAAAAACGCUGAAAAGUCGACUGCGAAAGCGUCUGCGACAGCUGCAGAAGGGCCACUACCUCCGAGUGGGCGAGCUAAACUGAGGAAAAAGAAAGGCAGACGAUAG